GCUAUCCGUAGUGACGUUAGAUGACGUGCUCGAUCUACAGGAACAGACGUUGGGCACUUGCUUUCGGAUUUUAAAAAGUGUUCUUUUGCUUAGCCCAAAAAGGAGCACAAUAAUACCAUGGCAGCUCAGAAGAUUAAUGAAGCACAUGAGCACAUUGCUAAGGCCGAAAAGUACCUAAAAACCAGUUUUAUGAAGUGGAAACCGGACUAUGACAGUGCAGCUUCAGAAUAUGCAAAAGCUGCUGUUGCCUUUAAAAAUGCAAAACAGUAUGAUGAAGCAAAAGAAGCCUACUUAAAGGAGGCUGAAGCUCACAAAGACAAUAGAGCUCUGUUCCAUGCUGCAAAAGCCCUUGAACAAGCAGGAAUGAUGCUCAAAGAAAUGCAGCGACUACCUGAAGCAAUUCAGCUUAUUGAAAAAGCCAGCAUGAUGUAUGUAGAAAAUGGUACUCCUGAUACAGCAGCAAUGGCACUGGAUCGGGCUGGCAAAUUGAUAGAACCUAUAAAUCUGGAAAAAGCAGUGGAACUUUACCAACAAGCUGCAUCUGUAUUUGAAAAUGAAGAACGUUUGCGACAAGCAGUUGAACUAUUAGGAAAGGCCUCUCGACUUCUGGUCAGGGCACGGAGAUUUGAUGAGGCAGCAGCAUCCAUACAAAAGGAAAAGAACAUGUAUAAAGAAAUAGAAAAUUACCCUACUUGCUUUAAGAAAACAAUUGCACAAGUGCUUGUUCACCUACAUAGAAAUGACUUUGUUGCUGCUGAUAAAUGUGUAAGAGAAAGUUACAGUAUACCUGGUUUCAGUGGUAGUGAAGACUGUGUUGCACUGGAGCAGCUUUUAGAAGGUUAUGAUCAGCAGGAUGAAGACCAAGUCUUUUCUGUUUGCAAUUCACCUUUAAUUAAAUACAUGGACAAUGAUUAUGCUAAGCUAGCUCUGAGUUUAAAAGUACCAGGAGGUGGGACAAAGAAGAAAUCUCCUGUUACUCCCCAGGGUGUGGCUGGAACAUCAAAGACAGAGGAAGAGGAUGAUGAAUAUUCAGGGGGACUGUGCUAGUUAAAAUAUUAAAUGUUGAAAUAAAAAAUGUGGGACUGUUCCUUAAUCAGACUUUGUGCCAUCAAUGUGAAGGUCACUUAGACAUGUUCAGUUCUAAUUUAGACCACAUACUAACGUGUAUUUUUACACACAAAUACAUACUGUACUAAAUUAUAUAUCAGUCUUUCUGCACUUAGUCCGCUAUACCAAAAGCAUGGGGAAAAAAAAGAAAACUUAAAAUAAACAAUGUCUGCCUGCUAAAUAAAAAUAAAUAUUAUUUUACAUAAACAUUGUGGACACAUAAAAUGUGUUGUGUAAUAAGAAUAAAAUAGCCUUGGAGCAUUAACAACAUCCAUAGGGUUACUAAUGAUACUUUUAAGCUUGUUGUGGUUUUGAAAUUGUUAAACUGCUUAAUAACUAUGAAUACUGAACAUAUUUCUUUCUAGGCCUAAAUAUAUUAUUUUAAAUGUUCAUAAAAAAUAAUGGCACAAGCUGUAUAUUUCUAUUUCCAAACUAACAAACUGAUACUAAAGUUUAUGUCAUUAAAGAUAUUUAUGUAAUGCAGAAGGUCAUCAAUGUAAGUCUACAAAUGCAUUAGCAAUUAAAAAAAAACUUAAACCAUUUAUACAUUAUUGGCAGAGCACAAGCAAAAUUAAUCAGCAAGCUUCAACAGAACCAUGCCUGGAUUUAAAAAAAAAAAAAAAAAACCUGUUUACAGAUUUCCUAUUCAUGGGUUGAAGACUUAAAAGACAAUAACUUUUUAUGCAGGUCUGCAGUAUUGCAAUUAGAAAAUAAAAUAUUUCAAUAUUUUAAAUUAUAAAAAGUCUUUCCAAGGGCUACAUCAGAUAUUGUCUAAUUUGAUUUUGUUUUAUUUUAAUAUUUUUGCCUACCUCAGAUAAAAGUAUUGUUCUGUGUCUCACGUCAACACUAGCAUUACAAUGAAAAGAAAAUGUUUCAUUAGUGCACACAGUCAGGCAUCAUAUAGUUAUGUGCUGUAAGCGGACAACCUUCUAUUGAGAAUGACACAGCUUAGUGAGUGUUUUAUUAUCUUUUAAUUUCCAUCCUACAUAAAUAAUUUAUUCGAUACAUUUGAUAUAUGCAGUGUUUCAUCAGGCAUCAACAAUUUCAGUUUUAGAAGCAUUUUUACCUAUGCUUGUUUAAAUUUGUUUUAUCUGCUGUGUAAACAUGCCAUUUAUUCAGAUAACCAAUGUGAAAUGUAACUUCAGAGAUUUGCUUCUGGUAACAGCCAAAAAAAUAUUCGUGUUCUAGCAUUUCUAUAUUUCCUACAUGUCUAUUCAUCAUUAUAACUGAAGUUAUUAUUAUUAUCCUAAUGUAAUUAGUAAUUAUUUGGAAAUAAUUUCCUACAAAUUGAUCAAUACUGUAGACCAAUCUUGACCAUGAAAAGUACUCCGUGUGUAUGUAUAUACACAUAAUAAGUUUUGUAUAUUAUUCUUUUUUUCUCUUUAAAAAAGGUUUGGCCCUUUAACUUCUUGUAGCAGUGACAACAAAUACUAUUUGUAUUUGGCUCUCUUUGAUGUCUCACUGUGCAAUCAGUAUUCAGGGGCGUCAUUCAGUUCUGAAAUACUAUAUUGGCACUUUUAUGGUAAUAGUAAUUAUCAAAUAGUAACAGCUUUCAGGUUAAAGGGUUCUGCAAACGUGUAAAGGGAGUUACUACAGUAAAAAGUUGAAAUACUGUAAAUACCUUACCACACCAAACUGGGUCACUAACAAAUGUCCAUGUUAUAUGUAUUACAGUGAUUUUUUUUCUUUUAAAGUUGUGUUGUGCUUCAUAAUAAUUUGUAUGGUUUGUACAUACAGAUGUCUGUUUAUGUAAGUGUACUUUGGAAAAGUAGCAAAAAGAAAAGAAAUAUCUAGAUACAAACUGCUUGUUUGUUAUUAUAUUGCUUGUUUUGGAAGAUUGUAAAAAAUCAUAUUUAGACAAAACAGCAAUACAGGUAUAAUUGUUGAUUUUUAAAAAAUAUUUAAAGGAUUCCAGAACCAUAUAUUCCCAAUUUGUAUAUGUAAAUAUAUAUUUUUGAUUUUUUUUUUUCAUGUGGGGCUUUUUAAGUUUAAUUUUCAAUUGUAUUGUUUGUGUUUAUAUUUGGUAUGAAAAUAUUGUCUAAAUCAAUAUUGUGAUGUUUGGAAACCAAGCUUUUCUUAUUUUGUAACCCCUUAAGUUUGGUGAGACCUUCAUUGGAAUAGUGCUAUGAAAGUAGAUAUUAACUAUUCAGAAUAAUAUUAUUUUGAAUUAGCAGCAGAGUCCUUUUAAUAUGAAGAGAGUUCAAUGAUUAUUAGCACGCUUGAGAAAACAGAUCAAAAAAACAUAAAAUAAGCAGCACAAAUAAUUAUGACAAAGUUUUGUGAUGAAUUUUAUUAAUUUAAAACUAUUUAUUCUGAAAUUAAAUAUAAAGAUGUUUCCUUUUUGGGGCUGUAAACAUAGGUAAUUAUCUGUGCUCCUUAUUUUUUGUCUUUUUUGUGUUUCUUGAUCUCAUUGUAGAUAAACAAUCAGUUGUACUACAAUAUAUGCUAUAUAGCCUCUCAAGUGUUUAUAUUAUUUAGUGAUAUAUUAUCAGAAUGUUUACAUCUUAUUUAAAACAUGUUUUCUUAUAAAUUGAUUAUUGUAAUUAAAAUAUUAAGUCUGGCAAUUUUGUUUGUAACUUCAUCAUGAUGAAAAGAAUUAAACCUAGCAUUAAGAUUUCAGUUACAAGGAAAUAAAAUAAAUUUCUAUGGUG